AACCAGGAGUUCCAGCCCAAACGCCUCGGGAACUGGGAGGUGGCCAAAUGGUUCCCCGAGCGCAAGCUGCGCGACCCGCUCAGCUUCAAGCCCACCGAGCCGAUCGUCGACGACCGCGGCCACUUCCUGCCCGGGGCACCGCGAGCCAACCGCAACCCCUGGAACAACCACAUCGGCACCCACGACCAGCCGCCGCGCAUCACCCGCGCCAUCGCCAACGAGCUCGCCUCGCGGCCGGCCGCUCGCCUGCGCUACUGGGACAAGCCCAACCCGCGCCUGCGGCCCGUGCCCUGCCCCGCCAAGGACUUCCGCGGCGCCCCCGGCUACUCGCUCGUCGCCGAGGGCCCCGGCUUCCCUCAGCACCGCAACUACUUCCUCAACAAGCAGGACUAUGUGGAGCACGCCGACCGCAUUGACGAGCAGGACGUGGUGGCCGUCGACUUCCUCAAGGAGCGGCGGCGGCGGCAGGACGCCGUCAAGGAGCGCGUGGAGCAGGUCAAGGAGCUGACUGCAGCGCUGCGCCAGCAGCAGGAGGAGCGCCGGCGCCAGGAGGCCGACCGGGACGUGCAGUGGCUGCUGGAGCACCGCGAGCAGCACAACAUAGUGCCGGACCGUGUCCAGGCUCAGGCUCAGUCGCCACAGAGCAGCCCGGCCAGACACGCCAAGCCCCGGCGACUGUCCACCAGCGGCAAGGGGAGCCGCAAACCGACCAACAAGGGAGCGAGGGAGAGGGAUCAAUGCUGGGGGCCGGAGGGGUUGACCAUCCCCCCUGGCCAGGACCACGACGAGGGCAUCCUCCUCGAGCCGGACAAGGAAAACGGCGGCGGACGGGACGAGUGCUGGGAGACAGCCGGCGGCCACGACCCGGUCCGUGACGACGGCCAGGACAGCGGCGUGGGCAGCGUCGAUGACGGCCACCUCAGGGAGGAGUCUCCGGAGCUGCACGUCAACGACGGCAACAGUAAACCUUCGCCACCGUACCCCCAGUUCGAGGACGACAGCGGCGAGCUCCUCAAACCCAGCAACCCGGCGUACCCAGACGUCGACCCUGGUUUCUCGCGGCGCGCUGCCCGCGACCCCACAGUCCAGAGCUACCCGGAGCCGGAGCGGGUGCGCGAACAGGGCUACCCUGAGAUGUUCACGACUGAGACGGACCUCGCCGCCCCCGCCGAGGACCGCCCGGAGUCGCCGCCUCCACCACCAGAGCCCGAGGUCGAGUCACUACCCCGCGUCGAGGGCGCGGCCCUGAAGUGCGGCCGCCAUCCCCGGCGCGGCCCGAACCCGCCCGCCAGGCCGUACGCGAGGGCGCAAUUCGCUGUGGUUGCCGCCGACCCGGAGUCGCCACCGGACUCACCUCAGCACCACGCCCCUUCCCCCGGCCCGGCCCUCGCCAACGCCUACUCGAGCUUCCAGGUGGCCAAGCAGCUGCACAAGGAGAACCUCGAGCACAACCCCCUCCCGGACACGGUCGACGACAACCUCUUUAAGAAGCUCAACUCGCAGCGGCACCCGAACCCGGGAAUAGCGCUCGACGUCGUCCCGGAUGCGGCUGCCGUCGGCUGGCGGUCCUUUAACGCCCCAGGGCCAACAAAUUGCUCCAAAAUGAAAGUCUACAGGCCCAAGACAGCAGCGCCGAUUGGGGCAAGGAACGGGCUUGAAAUGACGGGGCGUCUGCAGCGGCCCAGCACCGGCCACCCCAGCAAGCUGCUGGCCAAGGACCACGUGUCCGAAAUGGAGCUGGCCAUCUGCUGGGACCUGGUGCCCGCCUACCCGGAGGACGAACCCAAGCCGACGCCGCACAUCGACGGUAGCAACGGCAGCAAGGCGCCCGGCAUCUUCAGCCUGGUGCACCAUCCGGCCGACAACGAGGGGGACGCCGACGACGUCAGGCCUUCGGCGAGGACGAGCAACGGGCCGCGCCGCACGAGCACGCCGCCCGCAGCCAAGGACAGGAAGGCGCCGCCACAGCCGCCCUCCGUCGAGAGCGUACACAGCUGCAGCUCCAGCCAGCAGAAGGCCGCCAGGACGGGCGCGCCGGACCACGAGCUGCACGAGCGGCUGCACGCGCAGGAGCGGCAGCGCGCAGCGGUGCAGCGGCGCUACAACGGCGGCCGCGUGCCCGCGCACCCCGCGCCCGCGGACGUGGCGCGCGACCUGUGCGACUUCCGCAAGCGCAACGGCUGCUACGCGGGCAUGCAGGGCUGCGGCGACGGCACGACGCGCGACGACCCGCGCAACCUCAACGACCACCUGGCGGAGCUGCGCAAGCACCGCCACUUCCACCAGAGCAUGCCGGACCUGAGCGGGCACGGCGGCCAGCAGCGGCGCGGCGCCGGCCACCAGGGCCAUCCGCACGGCCACCAGCAGCGCAGCGCGAGCCACCACCGCGGCCAGCAGCGCGGCAACCCGCGCCCGCCCUGCGCGGCGUGCGCCCGACCGACCUCGCCGCCGCCCCUCCGCCGGCCCAAGUCCGAGUACAAGAUGGCGUUCAAGGCGGGGAAGCCCACCACCAGCCUGAGCACCAACAGCAGCUUCGACACGCCGCCCAGCGUGCACAGCGGGGCGGGCUGCGGCGUGGGCUGCAGCCUGGGCAGGGAGGUCCGCGUGCCCAAGCAGCGCGCGCCCUUCGCCAGGAAGAACUACGCCAUCACCAGUCUGACGCAGCCCUUCUCGCUCUGGCCGAAGGAGACCGGCCACGCCUACCCGGAGCACUGGCGGCUCGCGAGCGUCUACCAACACUCCUUCAAGCCCGUGCACGCCCGGUCCAAGCCACUUCUCAAAACGGUGUACCAGUAAGACAAAAGAGAAAAAGUAAAAACAUUAGUUUGUUUUUCUGCUAAUUUUUUAAGAUGGAAUAAAUAUCGACCUAAAUAAUGAAUAUCAUAUCUGGGCACGGGAAGCUACAUGCAUAAUGCAGUCUCCUUUGCUGCCCUUAGACUGAAAAAGAAUUAGCUAAUGGAGGGCUACUUACUGAUGGCCGUAGUGUCAUGGACUACUGUAAGUGGUUGUCUCUCAUUUAAGUCUUAUUAUUCAUUUGAAGACAAGAAUAACUGCUGCCAUCAACAUAUUUAAUUACUUAAAAACUGUAAAGGGUUGACACAUUACGCCAGCGUAACUUGUCAUUGUUGAACAUCACAUUGCAGUAUCAAGUCAAAAAAAUCACAGCCUCACAGUAGUCACCUUAUACAUACGCAACACCAAAAAAAAUUAAAAAAUAAUUGCAAACGUCUU